CUUUUGCUUGCUUGCGCGCAGCGGCACGGCUGCACGCCACGCGUCCUUCCUCUCUCAAGGAUAAUUUCGGCAAUUCCUGUGCUAUAGGGAGCUCAGCGGAGCACUCUUUGCCACGCGAGCGUCUAGGGCCGUCGAGUUUCGUGGGCGCAUGCUGCGCAUUCCACCAGCUCCUCGACCGCUGGACACCCCUGCGAUUCCAUAGCAACCAUGCUACCUUCAGCUACUACAAGCAAUAGGGCAAAGGGCCUUGGGCCCCUGUUCUGGAUGAACGGGCGUCUUACAUGUCCCGAUGCCACGUUUCGGCAGCUGUCGCAGUACCUGCCGACGCCCGGCCGGGUCCGCUUAAGCGAAGACCCAAGCUCGCGCCCCCUGGUGCUCCAUGCGCUUAGCCCUGACUGGGAAGACGCGCAACACCCCUCCGGGCCAGGAGCCACCACCUCCUGCCGCCGUUCCCGGCAGGACGAGGAGACGCGGUCCGCCUUCCAUGUGCAGCUGCAGCGACAAGGCAACGGCGACUGGGUGGUGCACCCAGCCCGCCUGCUCGUGGCGGCAGUUUUGGGCGACAGUGCCUCCAGCGGCACCCUGGAGCUGCUGGGUCGCUUCGGAAAGCUGCUGUUGGUCGCGGGCGAGCAGGAGGGCGCCCUCGGCGGUGCCAGUCAGGCGAUCACCGCUUCCGCUGCAGCGCCGCAACGGCGGCGGCGGCGGCAGGAAACGUCCGCGGCGGCAACUGCUCCACGCGUGCAUGAUCUGCAGCAGGCCCAAUCAGCACCUCGUGCUGGCACAGCAGGUCCGUCGGCUCGCGUCCCUCGCACAAAACCUGCAGCCCCUCCUGCUGGUGCUGCGACGUCGCCAGAGGCGAUCCCAAUCGAUGCUGCGGCGGCAGGCAAGCAGCCGAGGCAGAAGCAGCCAGAACCUGAUGUGGGUCGCGGCACUUUUCCAGCCGAUCUGCUGCUGGGAGCCGCGAAUGAUGCCACAGCGCUCGUUGCCUGUGCGGCGUCGUGCGCCUGCGCGCCGCUAGCCGCCGGUGCGGCUAGCGGCAGUGACGCCCCCUCAUCGGAACGAGCGCUGGCGGCAAGGUCCCCAGCAGCAGGUGAACAGGAGGCACAACAGCCGCGCCGCGACUCCGGCGAUGUGGGUCAUGUGGGUCAGGCGCAACAGCCUAAAGCAGUCUCCGCAGCACGUGCGACCACGGCCAGCACAUCCAGUGCGCCCAGCAGCGCCGCCGCCGCAAGCACAGCGCAUCACGUCGCCGCCGCCAGCAGCGGUGGUUCGGCCCCCAAGAGCGAUGGCAGCGGCGGCGGACAGCAGCAGGCGGCGAGCGCUGAAGACACUUGCAGCACCGAAAUCGGAAUUCAUGCUCAACCCCACACCGAGGACGAUGAGGACGACCUGCUGCGCCUGGACGGGCAAUGCUGCCGCGCCUACAACAAGAAGCGGCUUUGUGCACUGUACCCCAAGUGGGCUCGGACACCUCUCCCUGGCGGCACUAGGCACGCGUACAAGGCGCUGCUGCUGCGGGUGAUCACGCCGCCGGAGCUGGGGUUUGGCCCGGAGCUGGAGCAGACCUUCCCCGCCUUCCUGCACAAGGAGCGGCGCAGCACCGGCUUCAUCCACCUCUACCUCGAUUCGCUGUGGGUGGUGGCACGCGAACUUGACUGGCAGGGUGGCGCGCUCUUCACGCUGGAUCGGGAGCUCCACCCCACAACUGCCACCGCCGCUGCGACUGCUGCGGCAGCGGCGGCGGCCGGCGGCUACGGCGACACAACGAAGCAUCCAGAAGAACUGGUGGUGCGCGUCGCGGCAGCGGGCACCGGGCAGAUGGAUGAGAAGACCGCCCGGAUGGUGGACACCCGGCAACGCGCGGAGGAGGAGCGCACGCGCAGGCGGCUGGCCGUGCCGCGGGACUAUGUGGUCUUGCGCCUGACAUCCUCCAUGCUCAGGCAAAGGUCUGAGUCCUUGGAGUUCACAGCGCCGGCCGCAGCGGCAUCCUGGCUGGGGCGCGGCGCGCGGUGGGAUGUCGCUGGUGAUGGCGCGCUCCUGCCGGUGCGGUGGACGGAGAGUGACGACACCGCAGGUGGCGAAAGCGCCGACUUACAGCGCACGUCCAUCACUCUCAGCGCCAGGCAUCAGGGUGUCAGCCAGCAGUGCGUGCUCCGUGCUCUGCACCCUCAGCUGCAUAAGGCGCAGGCGGUGCCAGGGGACGUGUUGGUGCUGUCGCCGCUGUGGCGGUCGGUUGCAGCGGCAGCGCUGCCGGCGACGGCGACGGACAGCAUUGGUCCGAGCCGGCGCUGCAGCAGCAGCGGCGCUGUCCGCAGUGGCGGCAGUAGCAGCGGCAACGCUGACCGAGCCGCUGGCCACGGCGCUGUCUGUGGCAAUGGCCCAGCAACAAAGGCUGCGGCGGCUGUGGCCGGCGGCGGUGCUGCAACGGCAGGCGUGCCCGAUGGCAGUGGGGCGACUGCAGGGCCACCUGCUGCAGCCGUCCAUGGACAGCAGCAGGACCAGCAGAGCCCAGCAGGUCUCAGCAACCACCCGACUGUGCGGUACGUCUCCGCGGUCAAGGCUCAUCUGCGGCGGUGCAGCGAGUGGGACGCUGGCGGCGUGGUUCGUGCACAGCAUGACGGCAUUUCAUCAGCACGUAGGCGCCGGUGGCUGUUGUCGUGGACCCGAACACGUACUGCUACAGCGGCAGCAUGCCUGGCGCCUGCUGUGACAGAUGCGGAGUCGGCGGCAGGGACUUCGGCAGGGUCGGCGGCGGCGAGCAGCGGCGUGACCCGGACUACUGGCACCCCGCAUACUGCAGCCGCCAGUAGCAAGAGCGCCGGUAGCCCUCAGCGCACCACUUCCGCGUCUGUGCAGCGGCGCCGGCUCCGCCGCUCCUCCAUCUCCGUGCAGCAGCAGCCGGCGCCUCGGGCGCCCCAGCAGCCGGCACGCCCCACAGCCAGCAGCCCCAGCAAGGCGCCACUGCACCACCACCCGGUUGCUGCCGGUACGGCGGUCGACCCUGCAGCAGCCGCGCCACCAGCCGAGGCUCCGCUGUCCUCGAAUGAGGCUACCGCUGAGCCUGUCGGUCCCGCUGCGGCCACGCCCGCCGCGGCUACGCCUGGCAAGGAAAGCGGCGAGGUAGACAACCAGCACCAUGCCGCGGCGGCGGAGGGAUCGAAGCAGCAGCAGGAACAGGUGACUACUGAGCCGCGCCAGCCAUUGCGAGCAGUGCAGCCGCAACAGGAGGUGCUGCAGCCGCCGCGCGCCCCUGUCUCACCCUUGGCAUCUCGCGCACUGAGCCAGCAGUUGACGCUGAGCCCGGGCCGGCUGACUCCAUUGCGACUGCUGUCGCCGCCGACCAGCCCCGGCAGCGCAACGGGGGUGUUCAGGGCAGCAGCUGCCAAGUCAUCUUACGGCAGCGCUAGCGGUGCAGCCUGGAGGCCGUCGGCCGUGCCACGAACCCUCGCGCGCUUCGGUGCCAAACCGGCAUCAGGAGUGCCGAAAACACCCUUAGCCGCGCCUUCCACACCCGAGCCUUCCUUGGCAGCUGGCGCUGGUGCAGUGCCGCAACCGCAUCAGGCCGUCACGACACCACAUCAAAACUCAGCGGUGAUCUGUGCCCUCGCCAUGACGGAGGCGUCGGUGGCGCAAGCGCACUUCAAGUUUGCCGCCGGCAAUAGUAUGCCCGUGGGGGCAAGUGGUGGCGUGAGUUCGUCAGAGGCGCAGGCGGUGGAGCCCGUCGAUGAAGGAUGCAAGGGCGGGAGCCGCAGCAGUGCAGAUACGCCAUCACAGCAGCCGCUCCCACCGGUGUUCGGUGAGCCGCAGCAAUACCAGCAGCAAGAGCUGCGGCGCCGGCUGCUUCUGGCGCGGCGGUCUCUCCACCCACUACAGCAGCAUGCACCAGACACCGCCGCAGUGGAGGGACCAUCGGAUGCGCCGCUACAGUCGGAGGCGGCGGGGCGUAUUGUCUCACCGCCUUUGCCGCGGCCACUGCCGCUCAUGGCUCGCCGGCUGCUGCUCAAGGGUUGGCCCCCAGCUACCAGCUGCGUCAACGCGGGCCCAACGGCUGCGGCAGCAGGGGACUCUGCGUCUCAGGCAGCAGACACAUUCCUGGUCGCGGCGGCCCAAGACCUGGUUCUCACCACCGCAUCCCAGCAGCAGUCGUCAUUCGCCUUCAUCGGAGACGAGCCCCUGCUGCGCUGUGAGCGCCCAGCAGAGGCACAGGAAGAUCCGUGCGGCUUGCCGCGGGUGGCGGGUAGUGCUGCGGCCGGCAUCGACGAGGCCGGGCACCAACUCCCCAGCCCUAAUGGUGUGGCAAGCAUCCACCUGCUGCACGGAGCGAAGCCAGCGGGGCUAGUCCUGCACUCAAGCGACGGCGUGCUGCAACAAGGGAUGGCAGUAAACGGCUCGCAGCUAUCAACCGCUGCUCGCGCAGAGGAGACUGGGCCGCCAGCAGCAGCGUCCCCACCGGACCUGCCGAGCCUGCAGCAGCCGGAGGCGGCGGCUGGCGAAAGCCACCUGAAUCAGAACCAGACAGGCGAGGACGCUUUCACGCGUGAGCCGGAGGAGUUGGGGCAGCGGGUGCAGCAGCAGAGAGCAGGAGGCACUGGCGACCAGCAGGUGGAGGGGCAGGUGGCGGCGGCGCAGCAGCACAUUGCCCCCACAGAACGUGCACCUGAGAAACCUUGCCACACGUUGUACACGUUGCGGCUGAAAUUGUCGCAGAAGGCACGGCUGGGGAGCGCAAAGGCCGCGGCGGCAGAACGACCGCUAGGCAGCAAGCGCACUGCAGUGGAUGCUGGAUGCGAGGAGGAGCAACCACAGCAGAAACGCCAGCGCGGACCGACCAGGUGGGACCAUCCACUGCAACCACUGGAGCAGCAACAGCACCAGCAGCAGAGCAACCCUCUACCUCUCAUGACUGCUGUCCCAGAACCUGUGGGCAGCGCAGUGCAGCGGCGCCCAGCCCCUUCCGCUGCGGUGGCGUCGUCCCUGCUGACCGCACCGCAGCUGCAGCAGGUGACCCCGCAGCCGCCGCAGCCGGCUGUGCGGGACGUGCAGCGUGAGCCUUUCUCACCACCACCAUCACCGCCACCAGCGCGCCGGCACCAGCUCAGCGAUGGAGGCCUGGUAGAGUGCCAGCCGGCUGCUCAGCACCUCGCUGCUGCAAGCAGCUGGGGCACCCUCCUGCCGCUGACGCCGAGUCGGUGUGAUCCUCACUCCGCAUGCGCGGCGGCGGAGCCACUGCAGGCGGCGUGUGAGCACAGCCCGGCAAUCCCGUGCAAGCGCCUACUGCGUGCUCUGCUAGCCGAGCUCAGCUCAAAGGGUCCAGAGAUGCGGCGGUUGUGCUCUGGGCCUGCCGGCGACGUCGUGACCGAGCGGUUGCAGUGGCUGGGCAUGGCGGCCGUGAUAGCCGCAAAGGAGCUCUCAAAGCGGGGCGCACUGCAGCCGCAGCAGCUGUGCGGCGGCAAGGCCGUCGAGAUGAGGUUUCAGAACUGCCCGCUGCCGGAGCUGCUGGUGCAAGUGUGGCUGCCGCAGCUGGGGUCGCCCGCGGCAGCAGCCGACGUGGACUGGACGCAGGCUUCCGCGUUAGCGGCGUGCGGCCAAAUUGUGGGCGCCAUCAAGAAAGCGAGCCAGCAGGGUGACUCCGCGGCUCUGGCGCGCUGGUUCCAGGCGCUGGUGGUCGGGGACUUCAACAAGAUCUGCCUGGACCUGCUGGAGGAGGAGAGCGGACGCAAUGACAGCACGCGCGGCGCGGCCCGGCUGGUGUGGGCGUCGCUGUUGCCCGAGGCGAUGGGGCCCCGGUACUACUGUCAUGUGCAGAUUCUGGAGGCGCACUCAUAAAUGUAUCCUGCAUAUGUGCAUCAUCAUAGGUAUUUGCUGCCGAGAAGCAAUCACACAGAGAGUUUGGGGUUUGAACACUUGUCCUUCCAACAGCUGCUCAACCGCUUAAGGUUGCUUGCCUAGCGUGGUAUAGAUUUUAAAUGCAUAUCUGAUAUUCAACGCGCCCCACUGGGCUGCCCCACACUGGGCUGCCCCACACUGGGCUGCCCCACAAUUUACGCCAAAUGCACUUGGUGUCAAUAGCGUAAUAACGGAUUCGAUUGAUUCAAGCGAAUCCUGUAGACCAGACGAGCUGCAUCAAGUGCAGGACAUCGAGCCAUUGACGCACAGACCAUUGCGAACCGGUAUUAAAGGGCACGCUGAAAUGCAGACGCGUUAUUCAGCGGAGAGGAUGGCCUGCCUUCGUCGGGUGGACUAUGGGCGGGGGAAAGGGAGACCUUUCUCAGG